AAUCUACAUUUAUAUUUACAUUCAAUGCAAUGCGAUGGCAACAGAGCUAUCCCUUGCUAUGCUGACAGAGUCGUCACCAGGCGUUCACCAACAUAACACCAACAUAACAUCAACCAGUUCGCGUCUUACCAACUCAAUACAUAAAUACCACAUUAUCUCACGGAUUUAUAUUGUAUUUCAUUUUCUUCCUCUACAAAUUUUAAAUCGCUGCCAUGGGUGUCACCUUUUCGCAAUUCUUUCCCCCAGCUCCCACUCUAACAGAGCAAAAUUUACCUAGUCAAACGAGCAAAGUCUUCAUUAUCACAGGUAGAACAUCAGGUUUUGGUCUAGAGUUGGCUACCAUUCUCUAAAACGCCGGCGGCAAAGUCUACAUAGCUGGACGCUCAGAAACCAACGCUCAAAAAUGUAUCGAGCAUAUCAAAUCAUCAUCAACGUCAAAAAUUACCUUGCCAACUCGAAUUUCUACCGCUAGAAUUGGAUGAUCUGAGUACAAUUAAAGCAUCAGCCGAGUCCUUCAUGAAAAAAGAGACGAAGCUCGAUGUUCUCUGGAAUAAUGCAGGCGUUUCGCAACCAGAGUUGGGUAGUUUAUCUAAACAAGGGGUUGAGCUUCAAAUGGCCACAAAUUGUUUAGGACCGUUACUAUUUACUCAAUGUCUUCUCCCUUGCCUAAAAGCUGCGGUAAACACUCUGAGCCUGGUACUGUCCAUGUGGUCUGGACACAUUCUCAAUUAUCCGAGCUUACGGCCCCGAAAGAUGGAAUCAUUAUGUCUGAGCCUGAUACUCCUCCCAAAGAUCAAGUCAAGAAUUACAAUAAUUCUAAAGUCGGUAACUGGUUUUUGGCCAGUGAAUUGGCGAAAAGGGUCGGGGAAUUUGGGAUUUUGAGUGUGACGCAGAAUCCAGGUAACUUGAAGACGAACUUGAUGAGGAAUGCGAAAGGGAUGUAUUAUGCUGCUUGACCGCUUUUGUACAAGGCGAAGAUGGGAGCGUAUACAGAGCUAUGGGCAGGGUUGUCGGAGGGGCUAGGGAUGGAAAGUAAUGGAGAGUGUGUGGUUCCUUGGGGACGUAUACAUCCAGGUCCAAGAGAAGAUUUGUUGACUGCUUUAAAGAGUUCUGAUGAAGGGGGGAGUGGGACAGCAAAUAAAUUUUGGAAUUGGUGUGAAGAAAAGAUUGCA